AUGGCCCGCUCCAACCUCCGCUACGGCUUGAACAAGGGCCACCCCACGACCCCCAUCCCGAAGGCUGUCCGUCCCAGCCAGCGCAAGGGAAUCCAGUCUGCCCGGACGAAGUUUGUCCGCUCUGUCGUGAGGGAGGUGGCGGGCUUCUCCCCAUAUGAGCGUCGGGUUAUGGAGUUGUUGAGGAACUCUAAGGACAAGAAGGCGAAGAAGCUGACAAAAAAGCGGCUCGGUACGCUGCUGCGCUCGAAGCGCAAGCUGGAAGAGCUCGGCACGAUCAUCCAGGAAAGCAGGAGGGUUGGACACUAA